AUGACAGCUCCACUGCGCCGAAAUGACAGCUCCAAUGGGAAGCGCAACUGCUGCUGGGUCUUAAUGCGAUGGGAAGCGCAACUGCUGCUGGGUCUUGAUGCGGUCAUUCGAUAA